CCGGAAAUGGGAUUACUUACUGAGGCUGGCUUCACCCUACUCACAAAGAAGAUCCCGCGGUGGUGCAUCAGGAUAACAUAAACAAUGGGAAAAAAGCACAAGAAACAUAAGUCCGAAAAACACGGAUUCGAAGACUAUGGAGAGAGACCACUAAAAUUGGUCCUGAAGGUUGCGGGUAAUGAAGUGACAGCCGGAAGCUCGAGUCUUGAAAAUACUUAUGACGAACAGGCCGAUUAUGACAAACCCAGCAAAGAUAAGAAGAAGAAGAAAAAGAAAAGGGAAGACAAGGAGAGAAGCAACCCAGGUUCACCCCUGGAUGACAAGAGAAAGAGAAAGAUGAUCAAGAAGAGAAAAGGACAGGACUCUUUAGACACAGACUGGGAUGACAGGGAGCAGAGUCGGACUCCUGUCCGGUCAGAACUGUCAUCCUCCCUGGCGAAAAUGGAAGAAAAGGAACAAACCCCUCUUCAGGUAGCUUUGAACCAGCUCAUCAGACAGCUCCAGAGGAAAGACCCCAGUGCUUUUUUCUCAUUCCCGGUGACUGAUCUCAUCGCCCCUGGUUACACCUCAGUCAUCAAGAGGCCCAUGGACUUCAGCACAAUGAAGGAGAAAGUCAAGAAGGAGCACUAUCCGUCUCUGGAGGACCUGAAGGUGGAUCUCAGAAUCAUGUGUGAGAACGCCAUGAUCUACAACAAGCCUGAGACAAUCUACCAUAAAGCUGCCAGGAAGCUGCUCCACUCCGGUAUGAAGAUACUCAGCCCGGAGAGGCUGGAGAGCCUCAAACAGAGUAUAGAGUUCAUGGCUGACCUGGACAACCCUGCUAACAAGCCAGGAAAGACUGAGGAGGAAAGGGGCUCAAGCCUGGACCGGUCUCAAAAUGGUGCCAUUCCCACUGACACCAGUGAGAACUCCCAGUCCCCCUGCACUCCCAGGUUGGAUAAAGACUCUAAAGACGAGGCGUCCAAGGCUGUGAGCCAGGCAGAGAGGGAGCUGGAGGAGAUCCGCAAGGUCAUCCAGGAGUCUGGAGGCAAACUCUCCAACAGAGGACUUCAGACUGAGCUGGAGUUUAAGAGGCGGAAGACUGAUGGCUCCACCACCCUGGCCAUCCUUAACCCAGCUGAUUUAUCCGCCGGAGAUGUGGGCUACUGCCCUGUGAAGCUGGGCAUGAUGUCAGGCAGACUGCAGAGUGGUGUCAACACCCUGCAGGGCUUUAGGGAGGACAAGAGGAACCGGAUCACCCCAGUGUGCUACAUGAACUACGGGCCGUACACCUCCUACGCUCCCACCUACGACUCCAGCUUCGCCAACAUCAGCAAGGACGACACGGAUCUCGUCUACUCGUCCUACGGAGAAGAGCCCAGCCUCCAGGGCUCUGAGAGCAUCAAAGAGUUUCUGGCCAAAUCGGAGGAGCACAUGUACAAAUUGGCAGACAGUCUUUUGGAUGCGAUGACCAAUGGAGAGCACUCCAAAACCAUAAAAGAAGUGACUGUUCAAGAUGAAGAGGAACGAGAGAAGACUUCAGAGGCCAGGGUUGAAAUGGAGGUGAUUAAGCCCAGCACUACCAAGCAGAGAUCAGCGUCUCUGAGCUCUGUGAUUGGACUGGACCCGGAGACUGUGGAGGACCUCACUGAGGAAGCCCAGAAUUUCCAGAACAAGUUGGACGAGACGACAAAGCUCCUCAAUGGGCUCCAGGAAGCCCAGAAUGAGCGUCUGAGCGCCAAGCAGCCCCCCAACAUGAUCUGCCUGCUGGCCCCCACCACCAAGGAGCUGCAGCUGGCUGAGAAGGUGACUGAGAACUUGGCCCAGCUGACCAGCCAGGUGGGGCCUGGAGAUGUGAGCAGCCUGUACGGUAUCAGGAGGGCCAUGGGCAUCACUCGGACUCAGGAGCCCCUCAUAGACCUGACCACAGUGGAGACUGCGUCCAUGGAUACUUCGUCUGUGGGUAGCUGAGCUUAGGAUGGCUUACCAUCAUAACAUGAGAUCUGUCUUGAACUGUACAAAAGGUGCUUUUUGUCUGACAUUUGUAAUUUCAUCAAAUAAACUUUUUAUAGAAA